CAACCCGGAACCUUUAGGUCCACUAACUAUUCCUAACAAACCAUCGCAGGGAACUCAGCCCUUGUUUUAUUCCGUAGAACAAGUUGAAGUAUUUCUCCGAGCGAAGUCGCUGCUGCGGGCCGAAGAAGUUCCUUCCGCGGGGGAAAGUAGACCCUCGCAGAUGCCUCUCGCUCCAGCCGCGGCGGUUCCUGUGGGACAGUGAAGUUUAUCACAGUUAGUGAAGUUAGUCCUCGACUCCUCGAACCAGUGGCGGAGCUACGAGGUGCCAACAUGCCUCAACAGAAGGACAUAGUGAAGAUUGCUAUCCAGAUGCCAGGGGCCUACCCCCAGCUCAUACAACUGGACCAGAAAAAGCCUCUGUCUGCUGUGAUAAAGGAAGUGUGUGAUGGCUGGAACCUCCCGGGUCCUGAUAACUACGCCCUGCAGUACGCUGACGGAGUCCAGACGUACAUCACUGAGUCGAACCGUCUGGACAUUAAGAACGGCUGCAUUCUGCGUCUGACCAAGGCACCGGGCCGCUGUGCAGAGGACCUGUACAAGGGCAUCCAGAGCUCCGACUCGGGGGUGCGCUGCGAUUCGCUGAAGGAGCUGGCAAAGGUUUCCACCGACGUGACCUUCGCUCAGGAGUUCAUCAGUCGAGACGGACACCUCUUAUUGGUCAAAAUAGUAGAGGACGCUAAUGAGAGCAAUGUGAUAAUGACCCACACGCUGAGUGGCUUCAUGGAGCUGAUGGAUCAUGGGAUAGUGUCAUGGGAGAACCUGUCGUCUGUCUUCAUCAAGAAGAUUGCAAGCUUUGUCAACGCCAAGCUGACCGAUGCGUCUAUACAGCAGGUGUCCUUGGACAUCCUGGAGAGCAUGGUGCUGAGCAGCCACAGCCUCUUCUUGGAGGUCAAACAGGAGAUCACUAUGGAGCGUCUCAUCGCUCACCUCCAGGUGACGAACCAGCAGAUACAGACCAAAGCCAUGGCGCUACUUAUGGCGCUGCUACAAACAGCCGGGGACACAGAAAGACAGUCGGUCAACAAACCCGCCCUUCUUCUCAGCACAUGGGCCCUGAAACCAAACGAGGAGGCGGGGCUAGAGAUGCAUGUACCAGAUAUUUUAGCGUUCCUGAAUAAGAAGAAUCUCCGGCAGUACAUUCAUAAAAACAUCAUCCAUAGUUCUGGUUCAGUCCAGGACAAGAUGGCCCACUACCUCUAUGUCCUACAGUCCGUCACCUUAAAUCACAUGGAGGCCCGCAUGAGGACUCCUAUGGACUGUUACAGCCAGGAGCAGAGAGAUAUCCUCCACAACCUGCGGCUCGUGGCAUUUGAGACGGAGACGGAGAACAGUCUGAACCACGAGAGACGCCGCUCGCUCUGCGCCAAAGAGUUCAAGAAGUUGGGCUUCUCUAACAAUAGUAACCCCGGUCAGGACCUGGUGCGGACGCCUCCCGGUCUUCUCGCUCUGGACACCAUGUGUUAUUUUGCUGCACGCUACACUGACGCCUACAGCAGGUUUGUCCUGGAGAACAGCAGCAGGGAAGACAAACACGAGUGUCCGUUUGGACGCAGCAGUAUCCAGCUCACCCUCAUCCUGUGUGAGAUCCUUCGUAUCGGCGAGCCCCCCUCGGAGACGGGCAGCGACUACCAUCCCGUCUUCUUCAGUCAGGAUCGGCUGAUGGAGGAGCUGUUCUGUGUCUGCAUUCAGCUGAUCAACAAGACGUGGAAGGAGAUGAGGGCCACGCAGGAGGACUUUGACAAGGUGAUGCAGGUGGUGAGGGAGCAGAUCACCAGGACGCUAUCCAGUAAGCCGACCUCCCUGGAGCUCUUCAAGAACAAAGUCAAUGCCCUGAACUACAGUGAGAUCCUCAAACUGCGGCAGACGGAGCGGCUGCACCAAGAAGAGACGCUGGCGCUGCCCGCAGUUGAGCUCAAAGAGCGCCUGAAGCCGGAGCUGCUGGAGUUGAUCCGCCAGCAGAGACUCAACCGGCUGUGUCAAGGAACCAUGUUCAGGAAGAUCAGCAGCCGACGCAGACAGGAUAAACUGUGGUACUGCCGCUUGUCCCCUAAUCACAAAAUGCUUCACUACGGUGAUGCGGAGGAAGACACCGACAGUCCCACAAUCGAAGAGCUGCAGAAGAAGAUUCCAGUAGCAGAUAUCCAAGGCCUGCUGACGGGGAAAGACUGUCCCCACAUGAAGGAGCACAAAGGCAAACAGAACAAGGAGAUACUUGACCUGGCAUUUAGCAUCACAUAUGACGUAGAGGAGGACAGCCUGAACUUCAUCGCCCCCUCCAGAACAGACUUCUGCCUGUGGACAGAUGGACUGAGCGUUCUGCUGGGCCGAGACAUGACCAGCGAGUCAAUGCACAGCGAGCUGGAGAUCCUGCUCUCUAUGGAGAUUAAGCUCCGCCUCCUGGACCUGGAGAACGUUCCCAUCCCCAAGAGCGCGCCGGUCGUCCCCAAACCGCCGAGCAACUACAACUUCUGCUACGACUUCAGCCAGACGGAGCAGUAGAGUGUGUGCGUUUUGCUGUAGUGCAACUAAGACGUGUGAAAGUGUAAAAAAAUAAUAAUGUGUGUGUGUGUGUGUGUGUGUGUGUGUGUGUGUGUGUGUGAAAUGGUGCACGUGUGUUGAGCUCCGCCCUGUGCCUCCAUGCACUUAUUCCUAUAACACCGGUUUAUUUUGUUUUGUAAUGAUCAAUCAAUAAUUCUCAAUACAUCUUAACUAAACCGUGUCUUUUUUUUUCUUUUGAAUGGGCAGAACAUAGAAGCCGGUGCUUUCUCAACACACGGUACAUGUCCUUCAUUUCCAACAUAUGAAGGACAAGUACAGCGGGUUUUAUUUUCGUGUUAGGCAGUGUUUUACUUAAAUAUACCUAAUACAGGUACUGGCCUUGGUAUGGAUCCCAGUGGCUCAAUAUGGUUACUAUGAAGUUAAGCUCUGUUUAACGUCUCGUUCUAUUACAGUGAUGCACAGCUACACUCAUAAACAAGCCAACCUUUUUGUUUUUUACUUUAGUUAUUAUCAACAGGAGAACGGUACCUUUGCUGUGAUCAACAGUUUUUUAAUGAGCAGAAUUUAUGACAAAUUGUGCAUCCAGCCAGCAAUCAUCUGCGUAAAUCUGUAUGACGCAGAAUGCAAUCAACGGUUUUUCCUCAACUGUUUGAUCUGAAACUGAUCGAUUUUACAAAAUGGACAAUAAUAUGACGGUGAUGAUAUGAGGCAGCGUGCUGCGGCACAGUUUGCUACAGUCUGACUCUCAAAGUAAGUAGUGACUAACUGACCUAACGGUCUGCUCUGUAUCACGCACUUUUGAUGACUUUUCAAUAAUAAACAGUUUGAAUAUACCGAAAAA